AUGACGGAGACACAUCGUACGACGACGUUUCUCGAUUUGCUCCGACGCCAGAUGAGCGGUGCCGAUCGCACCAGGAGGAAGCGGACUCUGAAAGAACGGUUGAGAUUCAAAUGCAUCGGAUGCUGUGGGCCCACCUGGGGUCUCCGUCACCGUCUAACAAACAAUGCUUCUCUUCACAGUCCCAGCUCAAGAGAGGACGAAAUCGUUGAGCAAGGUGAAACUGAAACCCGAUUCGUUCAUGAAUCGGACUUUGGAUCGGGUUCGGGUAUGAAUCUCGCGACGGCGUUAGAGGCAGAGAGAUAUAACCGGGGAGAUCCGACGGAAGCGGCAGAAAUCAUGACGCCGACGAGAGUCUCGCUGAUGAGACUGCUGGAAGAGACGGCGGAGAGAGUCGGUGAUGACGGGAGAGAGACGGAGAUAUCAACGGCGUCUAUUGGGACGUUAACGGGCAAUGAUUCGGUGUGCUGCGUGUGUAUGGGAAGAAAGAAAGGCUCGGCGUUUAUCCCAUGUGGACACACUUUUUGCAGAGUGUGCUCCAGAGAGCUAUGGCUGAACCGAGGCUCGUGUCCUCUUUGCAACCGUCCGAUUAUCGAGAUCCUUGACAUAUUUUGA